AUGCCCCCUCUUCGCGCGCACACCAAAUCGCGCAACGGGUGCGACCAAUGCAGAAGCAGGCGGGUCAAAUGUGACGAGCAGGGUCCACCAUGCUCAAAUUGCAUAACCCGCGAGUUAAGAUGCACAUAUUUGAAAGUCGCCGCCGCUCGUCGCGCUACAACCCAUCUUACCCCACCCAGCUCAACAUCCGAUGUGCCCCGACCUCUAGAAGGCCAUGGGUCGCCCGGAGCAUUGGUGCCCAGACUAGCCGUUGCCACAAUAAUCCCAGCCACGGUCCCGGCACCAACCCAAACAAACUCAUUCGGCAUCGACAACUUAGAAUUAAUGCACAAAUUCUCAACAGACACAUAUCGAAGUCUCUCUAUCAGUCAGUCAGAAGAAACAAUCUGGCAAAUAACUGUCCCAACCCUCGCUUUUAAACAUGAUUACCUGAUGAGCGGGAUUCUAGCGCUAGCCUCAAUGCACAUCGCAACAACAUGCGAACCUUCAGAAAGAGCAAGCCUGUACUACGAAACAGGACUGCAAUACUACAACCGCAGUCUAGCGCCAUUCAGGAAUGCGAUCGAUAGCAUCACGCCGCAAAACUGCAACGCGGUAUUCGCACACUCGAUCGUCAUGAUCGCAAUCAGCAUCGCGUCGCCCCGACUAACCGUCGCGAAAGACGAGUGCGCCAGUAUCACGGAGAAUAUUGUGAUACUGUUUGAGCUACUGCAAGGCGUGAAAAAGAUCCUGCAAGUCAGCAAGUCGUGGAUCAAGCUAGAGUUAUUCACGAAGGGCGAAUAUUGGAAGAGGACACCUACCAAGCUUGAUCCGGAUACAGAAGCUGCGCUGACGCAUCUCGCGGCGUUGAACGAUCAGGUUAUGGUUGGAAUUUACUCGGAACAGCAUCGCAUUAAUAAUGAUGUUAUUGCGCAUCUGAGGCAUUGUUAUGACAAAUUUGCGCACUCACCGGAUCCGGCGCCGGUCCUUGCUUGGCUUGCGGCUGUUGAGAAAGAUUUUGUUGAUAGUCUGCGGUGUCGGCAGCCGUUUUCGUUGCUGAUUCUUAUGUAUUGGGGUGUGUUGUUGAAGGAGCUUGAUGGGCACCGUUGGUGGGCGCGGGAUUCGGGCAGAGCGCUGGUUUCGGAGUUAUUUGAGGCUUUGAAGUCAGGGGAUCCGAGGUGGGAGGAUGCUCUUGCUUGGGUGCAGCGGAAGAUGGGGCUUUGA